ACUUUGUGCUUCACGUCACAUGUUCCACUGAUAACGAACCUGAAACCAAACACAGCUCGUCCAGUAUAAAAGCCACUGAGCGGCUGCAGCUGUGGAGACAAUCAGCUGAGAAUCAUCAUGAGGACUCUGGUGUUUCUGCUUCUCGUGGCUGUGGCCAACGCUCGAGUCUACGAACGCUGUGAAUGGGCCCGAGUGCUGAAGAGCCAAGGGAUGGACGGUUACCGAGGCCAAAGCCUGGCUAACUGGGUUUGUCUGAGUCACCGGGAGUCGAACUACAACACAAGAGCCACCAACACCAAGAACGAUAAUGGAUCCACAGACUACGGCAUCUUCCAGAUCAACAGUCGCUGGUGGUGUAACAACAACCAGACGCCCACUUCUAAUGGCUGUAACAUCAAUUGCAGCGAGCUUCUGACUGAUGAUAUCAGCGUGGCGAUCACAUGUGCCAAACGAGUGGUCCGCGAUCCAAGGGGGAUCGGAGCCUGGGUGGCGUGGGGUCAUCACUGUCAGGGCCGUGACCUGUCGUCCUAUCUGGCAGGAUGUCGUCUGUAAAACCAACAUCUGAAACCUGUCCACUGAUUCUGAGGCUCCGGACAGUUUCUUCUUCAAUCAAGUGAAUUAUAAUCUUUACUGAAGUCUUUAUUUCAUUUGAACUGAUCAGAGAAGAGAAACUGAUUUCAACCUGUUUCUGCUCAUAAACAUCUUAAUAAACAGUUGAUUCCUUUGUCAACAGUCUCUGGACUGAACCAGG